AUGGCACCACGUCAGCCGCUUCAUACAAGACAUAACCGUCGAUUCCUCCAGACCGACAGCUUUUUGCAGGGAAAUACGGCAGAUUACCUGGACGACAUGUACGCAGCAUGGAAAAAAGAUCCUUCUUCUGUCGAUGUAUCAUGGGAAAUAUAUUUCGAUGCUAUCGAGAACGGGAAGCAACCACCUGAGCGCUUAUUCCAGCCCGCAGAGGAUUCUUCAUUUGCAUGGGGACCUGGAUCUUUCCCACUACUUCCGGGUUUGAACAGACCUUCCCAAGUCUCACCUACACUAUCGCAACCGAACGAUGAUCAGUCAAGGAUACAGCGUUUGAUUCGAGCCUUCCAAGGUUUUGGCUACCAACAAGCAAGAACCAACCCAUUGGAUACUCCGAUUGAAAGAUUUUCAGUGCCAGAACUCGAAUUAGGAUUUCAUGGCUUCACUGAAACGGAUUUGGAUCGAAAAUUUAGCCUUGGGCCCGAAGUUCUCCCUUACUUUGGGAGUUCCAAUGGGAGAUUCAUGACUCUUCGCGAAAUUGUUCAAGCGUGCGAAACGAUUUACUGUGGUUCAAUCGGAGCCGAGUACUUGCACGCUGCUACCCACGAAGAGAGAGAGUGGAUUCGCAAGAGAAUUGAAACUUCCGAACCAUACCGAUUUUCAAAGGAGGAGAAAAAGAUUAUACUUGAUCGACUAGUAUGGUCAACUAGUUUUGAGAAAUUUCUCGCUGCCAAGUUCCCAAACGCCAAGCGGUUCGGGCUCGAGGGUGUUGAGAGUCAGCUUCCAGCGGUGAAAGCAGUGAUUGAUGCAAGUGCAGAGCACGGUGUGCGCAACAUCAUCUAUCCCAGCUGCCACCGCGGAAAACUCAACAUUCUUAGCAAUCUGACACGGAAACCCAACGAGUUGAUCUUCAAGGAGUUUUUGGGUGAAUCGAAAUCUCGACCCGAUAUUCCUGGAGAUGUCAAAUAUCACCUUGGGAUGAACUAUGAACGUGAAACUCCUUCUGGGAAGAAGGUCAAUAUUUCAAUUUUGCCAAAUCCCUCUCAUUUGGAAUCACAAAAUCCUGUUGGCCAGGGCAUGGCUCGAGCGGUGCAGCAACAAAACGGAGAGGACCGAUCAUCUACCAUGGUCUUCAACAGUCAUACCGAUGCCUCUUUCUCCGGACAAGGCGUUAUCUAUGAGACCUUGGGAUUGUCGGGGCUGAAAUCCUAUGAAACCGGUGGAACAAUCCAUUUAAUUGUCAACAAUCAAGUUGGCUUUACUACAGACCCCGAGUCUGCUCGAACAUCGUCUUCUGUAUCCGAUAUCGCGAAGACCAUCAAUGCACCUGUUUUUCAUGUCAAUUCAGAUGAUGUCGAGGCAGUGGUGUUUGUAUGCAAGCUAGCAGCGGAUUAUCGAGCGAAGUUCGCGAAAGACGUUUGGAUUGAUAUGAUCUGUUACCGGAAAAAUGGACACAAUGAGAUGGACCAGCCAUUCUUUACUCAGCCUUUAAUGUAUGAAAAGAUUGCAAAGAAGAUCCCGCAGCUACAGCUUUAUGCCGACAAAUUGACGCGGGAAGGAGUGGUUUCCCGCGAGGAAGUUGUGCAGAUGGAAUCAGAGGUGUGGAAGAAACUAAGUGAAAGUCUCGAAAACUGCAAGGAUUCGCAGCCUCCUGACCGUGAAUAUCUCACUGAACCAUGGAAAGAUAUGAAAAGGCCAGAGGAUAUCGCUCGAAACAUCUACCCUGCAAAGCAGACCUCGAUCACUCAGGAUGUAGUCAAUACAGUGGCAAAUAAAAUGGGUAUUCCAGAUAAGCCGUUCAGCGUGCACAAGAGCUUGAACAGAAUCUUGCAGAAGAGACAGGAGAGCUUUUCAGAUGGUCAGGGAAUCGAUUGGGCCACAGCAGAGGCUCUGGCGAUGGGGAGUCUAUGCCUAGAAGGUCACCAUGUGCGUGUUUCAGGUCAGGAUGUGGAGCGAGGCACCUUCUCUCAGCGCCAUGCAGUGCUGCAUGAUCAAAAUGAUGGGUCAAAAUAUAUCCCUCUUGACUCUCUCACCGCCGAUCAAGCUCGAUUCACGAUUGGAAACUCUUCCUUAAGUGAGUACGGCGUCAUGGGAUUUGACUAUGGAUAUUCUUGCAUGCAUCCCAACGCACUAGUAAUGUGGGAGGCCCAGUUUGGGGACUUUGCCAACAACGCUCAGUGUGUCAUUGACCAGUUCAUUGCAUCUGGCGAGGACAAGUGGUUACUACGAUCCGGUCUUGUUCUGUCCCUGCCUCAUGGAUUCGAUGGCCAAGGAUCUGAGCAUUCUUCUGCCCGCAUGGAAAGGUUCCUCCAAUUAUGUAAUGAAGACGCUCGCUAUUUCCCGUCACAGGAAAAGCUAGAGAGGCAGCACCAAGAUGCCAAUGUACAAAUUGUUUGCAUGACGACUCCUGCAAACUUAUUCCACGUUUUGAGGCGCCAGCUAUCACUAAUUAUAUUUUUCUCCAAAUCUCUUCUUCGUCACCCGAUGGCCAAGUCCAACCUUAAAGAUUUUAUGGGAGAAUCAAAGUUCCAACCUUUGAUCUCAGAUCUGAGCCACCGGAUUUCUGUUGCUGAGCGAUCCAAUAUCAAGCGAGUCAUCUACUGCACAGGGCAAGUUUACACAGCACUUGAAAGAUAUCGUGAAACACACAACAUCACCGACACAGCCAUUAUUCGUAUCGAGCAACUUCAUCCGUUCCCUUGGCAGCAGGUCAAAGACAGCCUCAGCCAAUACCCCAGCGCCUCGGAUAUAGUCUGGUGUCAAGAAGAGUCCCUCAAUGACGGCCCGUGGGCAUUUGCCCGCGCUCGACUAGAGACUAUCUUUGAUACAACCGAGCACCACAAGGGCCGGCGAUUGAGGUUUGCAGGGCGGGAGGCGACAGCUAGUGUCGCCACCGGUUUUGUGAAGGAACAUCAUGCUCAAGAAAAAGCUUUGUUGACAGAUGCUUUUGGUCAUGAUGAAACUCAAGCUAGUGCCGCUUAA